CGACAGCCUAUAACAUAAAGCAUAGUGUCUGAAGUAGUCAGUCUCUGUGUUGAUUUAUCCUGAUGGUCACUGUAGUGUCAUUUAUCUGCGCAGCUGGGACCCCUGGAGAAGACAUAAUGAUCACUGCAUUCACAGUGCUGUUCUACCUUGGACUGAUUCUAGAUCCCAGGACCACAGUUGUGGCAGGAACACUUCCCAUACCCACCCUUUGGGCUGAGCCAGGCUCUGUGGUCACCAAGGGACAGUCUGUUACUCUCUGGUGCACUGGUACCCAGGAUGCCCAAGAGUACAGUCUGUAUAAAAAGGAAAAUUCAAAAGCCUGGAAGUCACAAACCUUACUUGAACCUGGGAACAAGGCGAACUUCUCCAUUUCAUUCAUGACAGAGUACCAUGCAGGAUUAUAUUACUGCUACUAUUACAGUCCUGCUGGCUUGUCAGAAUACAGUAACAUCUUAGAGAUGGUAGUGACAGGAUUCUACAGCAAACCCAGCAUCUCAGCCAUACCAAGCUCCCUGGUCACCUCAGGAGGAAAUGUGACUCUCAAGUGUAGUUCACACCAGGGAUAUGGAAGGUAUACCUUGACUAAGGAAGGAGAAGAAAAUGUGUCCUGGACUCAGGACCCACAGAAACAACCCAAUGGACAUUUUAUGGCUCUGUUUCCUGUGGGCCCAGUGACUUACAAACACAGAUGGUCCUUCAGGUGCUAUGGCUACUAUAAAAGAACCUCUCAGAUUCAUACCCACAAGAUCACACAGUGGAGAAUCUCAUCAGGAUGGCUGUGGCUGUCUUGGUUCUGGUGGUUCUUGGGAUUCUGCUCUUUGAGGCUCAAAAUAGCCAGAGAAGACCGCAAGGUGCAGUGAGGAGGUGAACCAAAGAGGAAUGUAUCAUUUAUUGUGGUAGAGGUCUUGGAGAUGAAUCAAAUGAGUAGAGAAAAUCAUGGAAGAAAAUUUAUGGCACAAGUGUAUGAACAUUAUUGAGAACCCUGAAGACAAUGCCUUUACCCAAAUGGUACAGGAUAAAUGUCUGCGAUAUCUGUGAAGAGAACUCCACACUUAUGCAAUUGGGAUAGUAUUUUUUUUCAUUGUUUAUUCUUUUUAAUGAAAUGUUUUGUUUUUCAAAAAGAUAACAUUUUACAUUAUAAAAGUAGGAGAAACAACCUCAGAAUAGAAAGUGUUAAUAAAAGUGUAUUAGCUUACAACUGAUACACAGCUCCGAAUACUAAACUUGACUGGCUUAGAAAGAUAAAGAAGUAUGACUGGUGACCAUGCCCAUAAUCCCAAUACUGAAGCCUUCCAUGGAAGGUUGAGGACAGCUUAGACAACAUUAGAAAACUGACUCAGAUCAAGUAAGUAAAUAAAUUAUUAAAUAUUAAGUAUUAAAUUUGUUUGGCAUAUCUAACUUAUCCAUAACUAUUUCUGUUUUGCUAAAGAAUAGUGAAAACUUUUAUCACAAACUAGCAUGGUCCUCAAACUUCCACUGCCUAGAAAUAACUAUGAAAUAGCAACUCUGUGCAAAAGCAUGGUACAUUACUGUUUCAGAACAAAACCCAUCAUGGCUGAAGAUGUGAUGGUGUUCAUAAAAACAGUUGAGUUUA